UGUAAAAAUUAUGCACUUUUUAUUGUAAAAAAAUCAUUUUGCUUGGUCAUGAACUUCCUUGCAAGUUCCCACCAUCACUGCAUUAAAUGUCCAUUCCUAAACUCUCAAACCAACACACCAAACCCCGUCACCAUUUUUAAUUUCACGCGCAUUUAUGCUUUCCUUUAUAUAUAUAUAUAAUCACAGUUACAGUUGCAGUUGCAGGCAGAGUGGACCACCUCCAUAUCACAAUGCCAAAGCCAGCCUUCUCCUUCAUUCUCUUCCUUCUCCUUCUCUCCCUUUUCUUAGCUUUAGUUACCUCAGCCCAGUCGUCAACUUCUGCUGCGUGCAAGUCUACCCUCUUCCCGAAGCUCUGCCGUUCAAUCCUCUCCACCAUCCGCUACUCUCCGUCCGAUCCCUACGGCUACGGCAAGUUCUCUGUGAAGCAAUGCCUGAAGCAAGCACGCAAAAUGUCGAAAUCAAUCGACAGCUACCUCAGCCAGAAGCGACGGUCGUCAAUGCGCCACGCCGAGGUUGGAGCACUGGACGAUUGCCGCCAGCUGUCCCAGCUCAACGUGGAGUACUUGGAGUCCAUCUCGGCGGAGCUGAAGUCGGCCGAGUCGCUGAACGACGAGGUGGUGGAGCAAGUUCAGACGCUGCUGAGCGCGAUAGUGACGAACCAGCUCACGUGCUACGACGGGCUCGAGGAUUCCGAGAGCAGCAUUGCGAGCGCGUUGUCUGAGCCGCUGAACAACGUGACUCAGCUGUAUAGCGUGUCGCUUGGGUUGGUGACGCAUGCGUUGGAUCGGAAUCUGAAACGAAACAAACGGAAAAAGGGGUCUGAAGGUGGCUUUCCGACGAUGGUGCACCCGGUCCGUGAACGGCUUGAAAGUCUCAUCAAGGAUCUACGGAAAACCACUUGCAAAAAAUCAACGGAUUGCCCCAAGAAAAAAGAACGGAUUCUGAGUGCUUUAGUAGAAAGCAAUGGCAUCCUUGUUAACGAGACUGUGACAGUCGGCUUAUAUGGCACCGACAACUUCACGUCCAUCUCCGACGCCGUCGCAUUUGCUCCCAAUAAUUCAAAGCCCGAAGAUGGAUAUUUCGUGAUCUACGCCACAGAAGGAUAUUAUGAGGAGUAUGUGGUGGUGCCAAAGUAUAAGAAGAAUAUAAUGUUGCUUGGAGAUGGGAUCAACCGGACUGUCAUCACAGGAAACCAUAGUGUGAUUGAUGGCUGGACUACUUUUAAUUCUUCAACCUUUGCUGUUGCUGGAGAUCGAUUUAUAGCAGUAGAUGUAACGUUCAGGAACACGGCUGGUCCCGAGAAGCACCAAGCAGUAGCUCUAAGGAACAAUGCUGACCUCUCCACGUUCUACCGUUGCAGUUUUGAAGGCUACCAGGACACUCUUUAUGUUCACUCUCUCAGACAAUUCUACAGAGAAUGUGAAAUUCAUGGAACUGUAGAUUUCAUUUUUGGAAAUGCUGCUGCUGUCUUUCAGAGCUGCAAUCUAUUUGCUCGGAAGCCAAUGGAUAAUCAAAAGAAUGCCUUCACAGCCCAAGGCCGGUCCGACCCAAAUCAAAACACCGGUAUAUCAAUCCACAACUGCACAAUUGAAGCUGCACCAGACUUGGCAAUGGAGAUGAACUCAACCUUAAAUUAUCUGGGGCGACCAUGGAAGGAGUACUCAAGGACUGUGUACAUGCAAUCAUAUAUUGGCAGUUUGAUCCAUCCCGUCGGAUGGUUGGAAUGGAAUGGAACCGUUGGAUUAGACACACUCUAUUAUGGGGAGUUUGAGAAUCAUGGGCCAGGGGCAGAUACGAGAAUGAGAGUAAAUUGGCCUGGUUAUACUUUGAUGAAUGCUUCACAGGCUUUGAAUUUUACAGUUUUUAAUUUCACAAUGGGGGAUACUUGGUUGCCUUAUACUGAUAUACCUUUCUCUGCAGGAUUUCUAUAAACUAGAGAUUUGUAUCUAGAUAAAAAGUUUCAUUUGUUUUUCAGGGAUUACCUUCCUAAUGAUUUUUUUUUGGAACCCUAUAGCUUCGAGAAAAAUGAUUUGGUGGUGUUUGAUAACAUUU